UGCCGAUCAUGAGGUUUGUCGAGUGACCAAUCUUCCCUCGUCUACAAUUUGUUGGACUUGGAAGUUACUCGAAAGGAGCAAUGUUCCGUCAGCCGCUGCCAAGAAACCAUUUACAUUACUACGAGAGCGAAGGAAAACACGUGACGUUCUGCAAUCCCUUUGCGAUGGGUUUUGCAAGCCUGAGGUUGUUGCGCCUUUUAGAGUCUAGGAAGCCCGCCUCUCGGUGGCGGAGUCGUCAUUGGAUGUUGCAGCUGUCAAUCACCUGGGGUAUAAAUAAGGGAGUCCGGCGGCUCCUCUUUCAGGAAGAUUGCGCCUGCCGUGGGGCUCGCGGUGUGAGUCGCCCUGGGUAGAAUCCCUGCAGGUAAUAUUUGACUUUUACUUCAUAUUAACCUGAGUGGAAAAUAAAAGGGCCCUCUUCUCCCCUCCCUUCCCUGCCGGGCAGGCGCGAUGGCGGAAGCCUCGGCGACGGGCGCCUGCGGAGAGGCGAUGGCGGCAGUGGCAGCAGCGGAAGGCUCCUCGGGCCCGGCGGGCUUGACUGUGGGCCGGAGCUUCUCGAACUACCGGCCCUUCGAGCCCCAGGCGUUGGGCCUCAGCCCGAGCUGGCGGCUGACGGGCUUCUCCGGCAUGAAGGGCUGAGGCUGCAAGGUCCCGCAGGAGACGCUGCUCAAACUCCUGGCGGGACUGACGCGGCCGGACGUGCGGCCCCAGCUGGGCCGGGGCCUGGUGGGCGGCCAGGAAGAGGCGUCCCAGGAAGCCGGCAUGCCAACAGGAGCGGGCUCCAGCCCCACCUUUCCAGCCCUGGGCAUCGGGAUGGACUCUUGCGUCAUCCCCCUGAGGCACGGGGGCCUGUCACUGGUGCAGACCACGGACUUCUUUUACCCCUUGGUGGAAGAUCCCUACAUGAUGGGGCGCAUAGCUUGUGCCAACGUGCUGAGUGACCUCUACGCCAUGGGGAUUACUGAGUGUGACAACAUGUUGAUGUUACUCAGCGUCAGCCAGAGUAUGAGCGAGGAGGAACGCGAAAAGGUAACGCCACUCAUGGUCAAAGGCUUUCGGGAUGCCGCGGAGGAAGGAGGGACGGCAGUGACCGGUGGGCAGACGGUAGUCAACCCUUGGAUUAUAAUCGGUGGAGUUGCCACUGUGGUAUGCCAGCCAAAUGAGUUCAUAAUGCCGGACAGUGCCGUCGUUGGGGACGUGCUGGUGUUAACCAAACCAUUAGGAACCCAGGUUGCUGUCAAUGCCCACCAAUGGCUGGAUAAUCCUGAAAGAUGGAAUAAAGUAAAGAUGGUGGUCUCCAGAGAAGAGGUGGAGCUGGCCUAUCAGGAAGCCAUGUUCAAUAUGGCUACCCUCAACAGAACUGCUGCAGGUUUAAUGCACACAUUUAAUGCCCAUGCGGCCACAGAUAUCACAGGCUUUGGCAUUCUGGGACACUCCCAGAACCUUGCAAAACAACAAAGAAAUGAAGUGUCCUUUGUUAUUCAUAAUCUGCCGAUAAUUGCCAAGAUGGCUGCCGUCAGCAAGGCCAGUGGACGGUUUGGGCUUCUUCAAGGAACCUCAGCUGAAACCUCUGGGGGAUUACUGAUUUGUCUGCCAAGAGAACAGGCGGCUCGCUUUUGUUCCGAAAUCAAAUCCUCCAAGUACGGAGAGGGUCACCAAGCGUGGAUCGUUGGCAUUGUGGAAAAGGGAAACCGAACGGCCCGGAUCAUUGACAAGCCGCGAGUUAUUGAAGUCCUACCUCGUGGGGCCACAGCUGCUGCUCUUGCUCCUGACAGUUCAAAUGCCUCCUCUGAGCCUAGCUCGUGAGAUGAAAGAACAGAAGUUGUUUGGACUUUAGAGCCAUUGUCCACAAUCACGGAUGGUUCUCAAGAGUUGAUUUUAAGAAAUUUCCAAAGAAGGCUGCCUGCAUAGUGGUUCUGGCUGCCCUUUCUAGGUGAUUGGAAUCAGCCCAUCAAAAGCAGCCUUUAUGUACAUUCUGAGGCCAGAGUAACAUUUUGAACUUUGGGGGGAUGUUUGUUCAUCACUUGGGUAGAAGAGGAGCAAAAAUACCUCUGUUUUCUCUUUCCAAAGUAAGAUGAGGCUAUUCGAGGUUGAGGGAUUUUUCUUUGCACUGGGUUGAUUAGUUUCUGCACAGGGAGUGAGAUUAUUAAAAUAACACACAAAGUAAAUUGCAAAAUGAAAAAAAUUUAGAUCAGAAGCAAAUGAGUUUUGGAGCAAUAUUGUUGAUAACUGAAUUGUCAAGAGAGAUCGUAUAAUGCAACAUCAAAUUCUUUAUUCAAUGUUACUGAAGUACUGGCUCUUUCCUGCUCUGGACAAGAAUUGAGCAGCUUGUCUGAUGACUGGGAAAGGAGGACCUGCAACCAUCUGACUUGGUCUCUGUUAAUGACGUCUCUCCCUCUAAACUCCAUUAAGGACUGGGAGAGGCAGAGCAAGCCUCAGAGCCCAGGCCUUGGUGGUCAUUAAGAUGUUAAGUCUUUUGCUGCAAAUUCCUGGUGAUUUGAUCAAUAAAGAGUAAUUUCUUGCUAAAUAAAUAAAAGAGACCUUGAAAAACUC